AGGGAACCAGCCUCUAAUAAUGCUUCCUAAGAGAGGAGAGUAUUUGCUAAAGGAUAUCAGUCGAUUGGGAAAGUAUUGCCAAGUGCCUGUGAAUUCACCGAAGGAUUUGGUAAACACUGUGAUAGUGAAAGGAAGUCUGCCUGCCAUGCGUUUCAUCACUGCUGUGGAUACAGCAGAACCUCAGUUUUUGGAGUCUGUUUCUAGAGAACUCUGGAUGCGCAUUUGGUCCAGGGAUGAAGACAUAAUUCAGCCAGAAAGUAUAUUGGCAGUAAGUGUCUGCUCCUCCUCAUGUUCUUCUCUUGCUCUUCUCCUUCAGGGCGGCUUAGAUGCAAAAGGGCUGGUCUGUGCUUCUGGCUGGAUAAUUCUGAAAA